AUGUCCCUCAACCUCGACACCCUCCGUCUCCAGAUCGACUCGCUCGACCACAAGCUCAUCGCCCUCCUCAACGAGCGCGCCCAGGUUUCCCUUGACAUCGGCGCCGCAAAGCGCGAAUCAAAGGACAGCCAGGAUGAGGAGAACACUCAUGUAUAUAUCCCAGGCCGUGAGAAGCAGGUCUUCGAGAAGGUGACACGGCUGAACCCAGGACCCUUGGCUGCCGACAGCCUUUGCGCCAUCUACCGCGAGAUCAUGUCGGCUUCAAUUGCCCUUCAAAAGGAUGUCAUGGUUGCCUACCUCGGACCUGUUGGAUCCUUCUCCCACGAUCUCAACACUCACUAUGCCAUCACACGUCAAUAUGUCUUGCAGGCAAGCAUGAAGCGUUUCGGUGACAGUGUUCAGUAUGCGUCGCAGGGAACGAUCGCGGAUGUCUUUGACGCUGUGGAGCGUGGUCGGUGCCAAUACGGAGUUGUUCCCUUCGAGAACUCGAUUGCAGGGUCUGUUGUGCCAACACUGGACAAGUUCAUCAAGUCCAAGGUCAAGAUCAGAGCCGAGACCUAUCUCCCUGUCCACCACUACCUCCUCUCCAACUCGACCACAGAAGCCGUCCGUCGCGCUUUGGCUCAGUGCCAGAAUUUCUUGAACAGCCAGUUGAAGGGCAUUGAGCUUAUUCCUUGCGCUUCUACCUCUGAGGCUGCUCAGUUGGCGUCCAAGGAAAAGUACGCAGCCGCUGUCUGCAACCGCGUGUGUGCAGAGAUCUAUGGUCUGGACAUUCUUCACGCCGAUAUUGAGGACCAGCAAGAUAACACGACGCGCUUCUUUAUUAUUUCGGAUGCAUGGGAUGCUCCUACUGUGAGCGACAAGACAUUGUUGAUGUUCACGGUGGAUCACCGUCUUCCUGGAGCAUUGUGUGACGGACUGAAGGUCUUUAAAGACCACUCGCUCAACUUGACCAAGAUCGACUCGCGCCCUUCGAUGCUGAGACCAUGGCACUAUGUGUUCUUUGUUGAGUGUGCGGGCGUGCAUGGAGAUAGCGAGGUGAUGAGCAACGUGGUUGCUGAGCUGGGACAGUUCUGUCUGGAUGUCAAGAUUGUCGGAACUUAUCCCGAUCAGCGUCCCCAGGAUCUCAAUUAG